GGUCCGGUCCCAAGCCAGCCAAGGCGGUGUCCCUUGCUACGUGGCAUCCAUCUUCGUGGCCUUCAAAAAUAUCCGCAUUUCAUUUACUUCUCUUCUCUCUCACACUUCUCUUUCUCUCUCUCUCCACCUUUCAAAUUCUUCUUCUCCACAACACAUCUUUCGGAGCCUGCUUUGCCAUGAAGAUUCAGUGCAACGUGUGUGAAGCCGCCGAGGCCAAGGUUCUGUGCUGCGCCGACGAGGCCGCACUGUGCUGGGAAUGCGAUGAGAAGGUUCACGCCGCUAACAAGCUCGCCACCAAGCACCAGAGAGUGCCUCUCUCUCUAUCUGCUUCCCACAUGCCCAAGUGUGACAUAUGUCAGGAAAUGGUUGGUUAUUUCUUCUGUUUAGAGGAUCGGGCUUUGCUAUGUAGAAAUUGUGAUGUAUCUAUACACACAGCAAAUGCCUGUGUUUCUGGUCAUCAGAGGUUUUUGCUUACUGGUGUAAGAGUUGGCCUUGAAGCUACUGAGCGUGGUGCUUCUUCAUCUUCUGUGAAGUCACAAUCUGGGGAGAAAAUGUCUGGUGCUAAAUCUCCUUCCAUCUCCAGAAAUGUUUCCUCGCUUCCCCCGCAUUCAAAUUUGAAUGAAGUGUUACCACUCCAAAUGGGAGGAAUCGAGGAGUUUCCACCAAAUAGGGUGUCUUAUGGUGGGGGUUAUACUGCUGGAAACAUCUCACAAUGGCCCAUUGAAGAAUUUCUUGGCUUAAAUGAAUUCAGUCAGUAUUAUAAUUACAUGGAUGGAUCAUCUAAGGCUGACAGUGGUAAACAUGGUGAUUCUGAUUCUUCAGUUUUGAGGUCUAGUGAAGAAGAAAUGGACGACGACGGCUUCUUGGGUCGUGUUCCAGAUUCAUCCUGGACAGUUCCUCAAAUCCCUUCCCCUCCUACAGCUUCAGGGUUACAUUGGCCAAAAGUCCCUCAUUAUACAUCUGACAAUGCUAUGUUUGUUCCUGACAUAUGCUUUAAUCGCCCGCAACAGCCCCACCAUGCUCAGCAUAAUUCUGUUAUUUCGAAACGGCGAAGGCAACAAUAAUCUGUUCUCUGAACACUAGCUGAAUGUUAAAAAGAUUGUUUUUUUAUCUGUUAGAGAUGGAGCGAGCUCUUGAAGUUCUAUCCUUUAGAGCAUUUGAAGUUCAUUUUGCUACAUGUUUCUAUUCAUGGCAGUCUCAGUAUUUUUUUGGAGUAAAUCUCUUAACUCCUUUUGUCAUUGGGAAUUUGACAAAGAAAGUAGGUGUAACGGCAAUGUAAAAGGCUUCUCAUUUGUUAGUUCUAGUCUUCUAGACUCCAACAUUGUUAUUUAGAUGCAUGUAUUUGGUCAUCAAAGAGAUCAUGUUCAAUAUAAGCUGGUUCUUGCAAGAGUUUUA